CAAUUUUUAUAUUUUUAAUUGAGUUUUCUAUUUUUCCAUCGUGUUUUUCUUCAGGACGAAGAACUGAGGUCCAUCUGACACAAAAGUUUUGGUAUCUGAUUUCAAGGAGAUUAGCAUCGGGGAAGCGCACACAGUUUUCUUCUGCGGGAUGAAUUUGGCUUUGAUUGACGAAUCUAGAAGCGGAGAGACACCGGAAGAUGAAUCUACGUGGAUGUAAGCGUUGUAGAGAUCUUCGUGGCCAUGGAAGAAGCUUUCCCAGAGGUAAGAAUGUCAGAUUAGAGUUUGCAAGGAAGAGAAAUGCGAUCUUGGGAGGAGGAACCGGGGAGAGAGAUGAGAUGUCAGUUAUUUGAGGAGGAUACAGCGGCGCGAUGGAAGAGGGAGAGAUCAUCGAGGUCAUCUGCGGUGGAAAAAAAUUCUGAAAACUUAGAUGAUCCAAGAAAUAUUUUGCAGAAACCCGUUAAGUUAUUCUUUGAUGUCAUAAACACUGUGAAUUAUAGGCAUGAAAUGAGUUACGAGUUGGAUAAGGAGUUGGAGAAGGAGAAGCAGAGGAAGAGAGACGUGACGAUUUGUUGUUACUAGCUCUCACGCUGAUGGUACGAUUGAUUACUCAAGGAACCACGAGGUGAGUUACUCCCAUGCCUCGUGGAGAAACUGUUACCAAACGGAGAUCUCUGUAUGGGAACUUUCUCCUGCGGGUUACCGAACGGAUCCGAGAAGUAUUUGUGGAAGGAUGGGUGUAUGUACGAAGAAGAAUGGAAGCAUAACAUAUUUAAUUAUCAUUUAAAACGUUUUCAUAGAAACAUUUAGAAGAUAAUAUUACAUAAGUAUUUUUUUUUUAUAUUGUAAGAUGUGAUAAUAAAAAAUAUAUAUAUUGAAACUGUUAAAUAAAUGUUAUUCAUACUAUUAAUUAUUUUUUUAUAGUUGAAUAUGAGUUUAACUGAAA